CGCUGAACGGCGAGGCGAGCACGAACACGGGAACCACAAUUUUGACACUUGAGCAGCUUUUGGAUAACAUUGCGAGGAGGAGAGUAAGUAUAGGUACCUGUUGUGUUUCCAAAUUGCCUUGCUGCAUGCUAGUGCUAGCAGAGAGACACCAAAGACCAAUGCAAAUAAUACGUAACGACGGUAACGACCGUAACGACCGAAUUCGAUAUCAAAAAUUGUGUGGAAAAUUUUUUGAAAACUCGAAGAAAAAAUUAUAGCUGAUUGAGAAGAUCCAUAAUCUAACGAAACAACGGAAAAUCAACAUUUUUUUUUCCAUAUGACAAAUUCAUUGUGAAUAACGUUUGUUCUUCAUUGCUGAAUGCAUGCGAGGUUAUGUUUGCGCAACGUAUAUCACCGCCACCCGCGAUCCAAUUGCAAUGUGCAAAAUGAGGGCGAGUGGUAUGUUCGAUGCAUACGAAUUUAGUAAACGUAUGAGACGAAUCAUUGACGGCAAUUAUUCGUAUCGGAAAAUCCUUCUCCUCGUUAUACUCGUCGGAGGUAUUAUUCUCUACUGUGGACCAUCUUUAGCCAAAUGGCUCUAUUCGUCCAACACGGUUGAGAUUAAAGCCUUUCAGGAUCAUUGUAUAGAAGAAAGACUGGAUAACUUUCGUGUCGACGCUGCCGAAUAUAAUUUAAAUAUUUUGCACGAUCCGCCUCUGGAGACGGAGCACAAAUAUCUGCCAUACAUCGGCAAUGGUAUUUUUGCAAUACCGAUAAACACGGAUGGUCGGUUAUACAUAAAAAAUCAAAAGACGCUGUCUCUCGCGCUUCGUUGGCGACCCCUGGUAUCCUAUAGCAUUUCUCAAGGGAGCCUCCUCAGAGAAACUACCGUCACUCAUUUUGUAGAUGGAAUUGUUCAUAGAUACCAAUGUUUUAGCGACGGUUAUUACAUUCAUUCGCAGUAUUAUGCGCAUAGAGUUUUGGAUGGAAUAUUGGUACAGGAUAUCAAUAUUGGCAAUCCCUCUAGUCUUUCGCAAGAGAUUUUCUUCCAAUUGUUAAUAAACAAGCACAAGAGCGGUUUCGAGGAAUCACCUGUAAAAAUUUCAAUCGACGACGCUGUUCAUGAAUUCACAAUGGCUUCGGCAUUUGUUCCGUCCUCUGAGGCAAAUAAAAUGAUCGCCGUAUCAAUACUGUACAAGGAACCACCAAAAUCCAUACAGUUGAAAGCUCGAACUUCAGAAAAAUUGACUUUUUUCACUAGCAUACAGUACAGCGAGCCUUUGGUAGCAAAACUUUAUCAGGUUGAACGCACGAUGACAGAAAAAAGAUGUAUAGACAUGAUGAGACGAGCCCUCUUAAAACACGAAAAAAGCCUGAGAGAUGAACAUGUUGAUGCUUGGCGCAGCUAUUGGCACACCGGACUUAGAAUCAGUGAUUCUAAAGCAAAAGAUUCUCUGAAUGGCCACAAAAUCAAUUCAACCAUGUAUUACGUGCUCUCCCAAAUUCCCAAAAGUUCGACCGAUCUUGAAAAAGUUAUCGCCAAUAAUGAAGACUGCUAUCGUGGUCAUCAUACCUUAGAAGCACCCAGAUUGUGGGAAGACACCGGUGGAAUUGAGGGCGUCAAUUCGGUCACGAGAGCUUGGCUUAUCACACUUGAGAAACAAGAGUGUCAUCGUCUCAUGACCGGGGGACCAGCAGCUGUACAACAAGCUAUGGUUUUGAGUCUUGGAGGUUUACGAUUCAGUAAUCAACAUUUGGAAUUCAACAUUGAUCCACAGUAUUUACAUCGCGAUUAUUUGUUCAGACGUAUAAGUUACGGGAAUGUGACGCAUUUGAAUAUUUCCGUGACUGUGGGUGAUGACAAUCGGGCGAUAUUGGGAGUUGCCCUGGAUCGUAGUGACAGCACUUAUUUCGCUUGCGAUGCCGGUUGUUUGGACGAUCCGGUACCAUUGACGCAAUCCUAUACAAAUUUUCCCGUGAAACUUACCAAGCCUCUGACCGCUAUACUCUAUGUUACAUCGGAUUAUCAACAUAUGCAAGUUUUACGAAAUGUUCUGCACGUUCAUGCGGUUGACGAAGCUCCGGCGCAUGACCAUCAUUUGAUGGCAUUGCACAAACACGGUCAUCAGCUUGGUGGGCUCCCAACUUUUUUUUGGGUCAGCAUAUGCUUCUUAAUCGUCGUCUUUCAUCUAUUCCUUUUCAAAAUCAUCAUUACCGAAUAUUGGGGUCAUCAGGAUCGCCAACGUACGAGGAACUACAAGAUUUGAUCUUCCUGUUGUACAUAAAAAGAAGCCUUGUUACUAUACGAAUAUAGGAAUAUUUUUAUAACAAGAGAAACAAAUAUCGUGUCAUUAUUAGGAUCUCGAUAUUCGUGAUCGAAACGAAAACCCUCAUAAUUGCCAAUGAUGGUCUUUUGCGACUUUCGUACAAACGAGUACAAAAGAAAUGGGACAUGACAGGCGAAUAAGACUCGGUAGAUUUUUUUCCUCUCAAUUGUAUAUAUUCAACUAACAAUAAUGAACAGCACACUUUCGCAACAUCAAGGUCCUUCUUUCGUAUCAAUUCGUACCUUCGUUUUAACCGUUCCAACAUACUCGUAUAAAUAGGUAUGUACAUCGAGUUUCGAUAUAAUAUACUUUUUAUCCACGUA